UUCUGCUGGGGCCUGGCUUCCGGUCCAUCCCCACCCGGCGCAAGAUCGGCGAGGGGAGCCUCUGCCGAGCGCGGCGGCGCUGCGAAAUUUCUAAACUGAGUCGGCCGGCCAGACGGCCUCGUUAACUUCCUAGCCUCCCUGGAGACGAAGCGGAGCCGUGACCGUAUCCAAACUGGUCGGGGGUGGGGGGCAUAUAAUCUCCCCCUCCGAAGACAGGGAAGGCGUCGAUUUGGUUCACCAAAUCGCCAAGCUACGACUCCUUCCGCAGCCUCGCGCUGGGCUCCGCCGCCACCCGGCCGGCACCACUCAGCAACAGUUUAGUCUGCAGCAGCUCAUGCGAAAAAUUGUCUAGCAGACGCCCUGCAAAAGAAGACAGCUAUGAUGUUGUCCUCGGACAAAUGUACUGCUAAAAGAAGCAAAUCCGAGCCUGUGAUCCAUAGUCUCCCGGAGGGUAUUAUGCAUGACAUAGUAUCAAGGCUGACACUGAAGGAUGCCGUGAGGGCCAGUUUGGUGUCGACAAGCUGGAGACGGCUGUGGACAUUUCAUUCCAAUUUAUGCUUUGACAGUCCCACUAUCCUGAACCGCGAGUAUGGCACCCUUAGCAGGAGCAGCAGCAGGAGGGGUAGAAGAAGACGCAGGUUCAUCAGGCGUGUCAAUGCCAUCCUGGAAUCCCACAGCGGUACAGGGGUGAGAAGAUUCGAUGUCACGUUUGCUCUUGAUGCGAGGCACACGGAACAUCUGGAUCGAUGGCUCAAGUUCGCACUCGAUUCCAGGGCGUCUGAGAUUGCUGUUAAUUUGCACCCUGUGUUCUACAGGGGUUCCGUGAGGUCAUAUGAAUGGGAGGAUGCAUACACCUUGCCGUCUCAUAUGUUUAGCAGUCAAGGGGCAUCUUACAUCGAGUCACUUGAGCUCGUCUUUGCAUCGUUGAAGCUACCCCGUGAUUUCUAUGGCCCUUUGAAGCUUAGAGUGUUGGAUCUCCAAUCUGUUCACGUGUCGGAAGGAGAUCUCGAGCUGCUGUUGUCCAAGUGCAGUGCAUUGGAGUGUUUGCGCCUGGGUCGUUGUUACCCAGUGCUUAAUCUGAAAGUGCAGAAACCACUAUGUCGGCUGCGUAAUUUAUCUGUCCGGGGAUGCCAGCUGCAGGUUAUGGAAUUCAGUGCUCCGAAUCUAGCAAAAUUUGAGUAUUCGGGUCAGGCCAUACCCAUUACACUCAGUGAAUCCAUGAAGCCAACAGAAGCUACUGUGACGCUGUUGGGAUAUGACGAUACUCUUGAACAUGUCUUCACCGAACUUCCAAAGACCCUGUCUCGCGUGGAGACACUAUCUGUGAAUGCUUGCAUAAACACCGAGGUGGUUGGAUUUUCAAAUUGCCUGAUGAAGUUUACUCAUCUCAUAAAACUGGAGGUGACUGUAAGUAUUCUUGGGGACUCAAGAAUCAGAAAUGGGAUUCUUCGUUUAGUGAGUCUUCUAGAGGUGGCCCCUCUUCUGCAAAGGCUCGAGUUAAAUAUGCUUCCACAUGUGUCGGUUGGGGUAUCCAACGAGCCUGAAUCUUACUGGCAUUUUCAGCCAUGCGCGCACCGUCAUCUUGAGCAGUUCGAGGUUUCAGGGUUUAUCGGUCUAAGAGGUCAGCUUGAGGUGGUAUUGUGCAUCCUUGACAACGCAGUGGCUCUCAGGCGGAUGUCCAUAGAACCGAGGGUGACGGCAUAUGAUCGUGUCUUUGGACACUGGGCGGGGUUUGAGCAUAAUAUAGGAAAAGGUAGGGCAUGUGCCUUGGCCUUUUUUUCUCCUGAAGACUAUCCCGGCGUGCAGAUUGAGAUCUUCUGAGGGACCUUGGGUGUUUUUGGCUUCAGCUGUUGUAUGCCUGAAGGAGUGAAGGGGAACAAAUAGGCAAGCGUGAGCCCCAGCCAGCACAGCACCUGUAAUCAAACCAUACCAAACCAUGACAAAACCAACUUCAUUUGCAAUCAAAUAGCACCUGUAAACACUAAACAGUACCAACCAAACUUGUCGGCUACACGAUUUACUAAGGCACUAGAAGGACCAUUUGAAAAAUCUUUCUGAACCUGCUCAAUGAUCUACACUAGAUGGAUUUGCAAUGAGCAUGUAGACAGAAUCACAAUGAGCAUGUAGACAUACCACAUCAAAACAAUCAAUGCAUAACCAAAAGAUUGACAGAAUCACAAUGAGCAUGUAGACAUACAUUUGUUGUCUGAGACCUGGAAUAAAAGGGUUAACGCCGGGCACUAACUACUGAUUUCAAUUCAAUCAAAGAGUGUUAGUACAUAUGAUGCCCUAACCUACGGUCACAAGAUCAGGCACAUCAGAGCUAGUACCUCUCAAGUCUAGA